AUGAGGGCAGCUGAGUCAGGUGUCGUACGUGUACGCAACAUCAGCACUGCAUCUAACGAUUCAAAUCUUCUGACAAAUCUUCGUACAGCCAGCAAUGAGCUGUUGCAUCCCCUCAUCCUUGCCUGCGCUACACGGCAUGCAAAACUUGUACAAAUUGCAUUGCAAAGCAUUCAGCGAUUGGUGCAACACCGAGUCCUAGAAGCUAGUUGUGCCAAUGUCGUGGUAAGUGAGCUAUGGGGCCUCGUGGAAGUGGAAUGCGAAGAACUUAGGGUACUGCAAACAGUUCCACCACUAGUUUCAGCAGACCUGCUUGUCACUGGAAACACUUUGGCGAAAUGCAUUGUCAUGUGCUUCCGUAUGCAUUUCGCAAAAGAUCCUGUAGUAAUCAAUGCGGCUUCUGCUGCUGUGCGACAAUUAGUCGGAUGUGUUUUUGAACGCGUAAUUCAAGAAGACGGUGUAUUCAACAAUGCCGAGCUGACUGUGGUAGCAUCUUCUGGAGGAAGACCUUCGCCUCGAUCUGCGCCUCCCACGCUUCGUCCAUGCGCUGCAGACGCAUACAUGUUGUUCAAAGAUCUGUGUCUGCUCAUCAAUGCUAAGCCCAGCGUAUGGCUUCUAGGAAUCCAUGAAAUGACUCGCACACUUGGGCUGGAGCUCAUCGAGUCGGUUCUCAAGAGCUAUCCCGGCGUGUUCUUUAGG